CUAACAUGCGCCUGUCAACACCGCUCCUUGAGUGGCCCGCUUUACACUCACUUAAACCUCUUAACCUACGCAUACACAGCUCACUUUAGAACCUCCCGUGAUUGACUCUGACUGAUAAACUUAACAACCUGUAACACCAAAAAGCAGAGCAUUCUUUAGUAGAAAGCUUAUCACCAUUUUCUCUCUCCGCCUUAAGGUAUGAACUUAUCAUUUUUUCUUGGGAACUUGUAUUUUUAUGAUUAAUUGUUGUUAUUAUUGUGUUAGAUUUAGUUAAUUUAAGGUCUAUCCUGUAUGUAUUUUUUGUUGUUGAAUUUUGAUGGGUAGUUGACUUUUUCUUUGAUGAAUUAUUUGGCUUUAUGUUUAUCGUAAUAUAUGAUUAUGUGGAUUGGAUUAUGUGGAUUGAAUUAUGUAGACUGAAAUUGUUUCAUUAAUUGAUUGAGUUUUAUGUAAUUUGGAGUUAAUUAAACGAAUUAUGAGACUUGCAUGUUAUAGUUGAUGAAUUCAGGUGAAAGUUAAAAGAGAUAAUACUAGAGUGGAGGGUGUAUAAGUGGUGAACUUGACUGGUUCUCAGUUCUCAGUUCUCAGACUAAUAAGCUUUGGAUUAGUGAUGUUUUCGAAUAAGGGUUGCUGAGUUCAUAGCGGUUAUGAAUGUGGUAUUGUUAUUUUCUUCUUGAUGAUGGAUAAAGAGUCCGAAUUAUCUAUGGGAAUGGAUAUUGCUGAUGGAGUCAAUGAUGCUGAUUCCAAAUCUGGUUGUUACUCCUUAUCCAACGGGGUUGCGAUUGGUGAAAAUAACAUGAUAGAACCAACUAUGUUUAUGGAGUUGCUGACUUUAUUGGACUUGGAUUUAGCAUACUUUUCUGAGAAGCUGGUGAACUUGGAUCUUUAUAUGACUAUUGUCUCCCUAGGAGAGAUUGGACUUGGAGAGUUGUCCAUGCUCAACAGCAAAAUCUCUCAAGUUGAAAUUGAGAAAGCUUUGAUAUUUGAUCUUUCUUUUGGAUAUCUAGAUUCCGAGGUCACCGACUUAGGGACUUUCUUACAACUUCUCCAAGCCAAAAUCAUUGAUGCUCAACAGAAGAUAUCUUCAUUCAAACUAACAACAGAAUUGUUUACUCUCUUCCAAGGGAAAUUACAGGCUUCUGAAAGUUCCUGGAAGCAUUUGCAGGAGCAGCUGUUAGAGUUGAAGAGGCAAUUAGCAAAAUUUCACACAACACACUCGUUUUUUCGAGAGAAUACUACAUACACGGUUGAAAAUGAGGAUCUGGAGAGGUCACACUAUGAUUUGCAGAUUGCGGGGCAGCAAAGACUUGUGCUUAGUAUGUUGGAAAAAUCUCUUGCAGCUGAACUCAAUCUCGAGAAAAGAUUGCUACAAUUGAAAAACAGAGAGGAAGAGCUUGAAUCAGAACUUUCAGUCACAAAUGAGGUUGCCUCAGGCAUGGAGGCAUUUCUAGGAGUUGCUUUAGAGAGACUGUUAGAAGUAGAACAUUCUUCUCAGGUUUUUAUGGGGAUUGCUAAGGAAAUGAUGUCACGUCUACAAAUUUACGAGUUCAAUAUGCAUUGCUCAGUUCGAAGAGAAGAAGAGCUCAAGUCCAAACUUGACAAUAGCUUAGAACAACUGAAAAACAAAGAAAAGGUGGAGCAUAAAUUAAAACAAGUUGAAGAGAAGUUGCAAGCUUCUGAGUCAAAGCUACAAGAAGCAAAUGCCUCUUACGAAGCAAGUCAAGAGCAACUUUCAGAGAUGGAAUACGCAACUGAAUCGUUAAAGGAACAUGCUUUUAUGGCAGAAACUAGGGCCCAUGAUGCAGAAGAGAAACUUGCCACUUUAACAGAAGAGAAUGUUGAGCUCAGAGAAGAAGUGGGAUUCCUUAAAGCUGGUGAUAGUAAUGAAGAGAAGAUAAGCAUACUAGAGAAACAAAUAAGAGGCUUGGAAGUCAAACUGCAAACUUCAAAGUCUUCUGCUGAAGCCAGCCAAGAGCAGCAAAAUAUGCUCUACACAGCAAUAUGGGACAUGGAAACGUUAAUCGAGGAGCUAAAAUCAAAGUUCUCAAAAGCCGAGAGUAGGGUGGAGAAUGCAGAAAAGCAGUGUCUUGGAUUAGCAGAAACCAACAUAGAGCUUAACAAAGAAAAAGGCAAUCUCAAGUCUGAAAAUGAAAAAUUGGUGGAAAGUCUGAAAUUAGCUAACAAAAUCAAAGUAGCAAGGGCGAAGGACAUUAGUGACGGGGCAAUGCUUGUUACUGAGAUGAUUAUGCAGCUAACUACUGAAAGAGAGAGGGUUCAGAAGCAGUUAUCUUCUCUAGCAAGAGAAAACACCAUAUUGUUGGAAGAGUUGUGUAAGAUGAGAAAAAACUUACUCGGGGCUAAUCAAAGCAACAAAGAACCUGUCAAGAAACAGAUGGAGUCUACCAUAGAUAUACCUGCUACUGGAAUAAGCACUACAGGGGAGAUUGUAGAGACUCCAACUUCUACCACUGCCAGUAACCAGUUAGAUGAGCCAUCAGAAGAGAACGACGCACGUUCUUUCGAAUUUGAUGAUGUUGCUGCCAAUUACAUAAACUAUGAUGAUGCAGAAGCUGCAGUUCCCUCCAAAUCUAUUGACGCUGCCACUGCUUCUAUUGUUGCCAAUUGUACAAGCAAUGAUGACGUAGAAACUGCAGGUUUCUCCGAAUCUGACGAUGCUGCCACGACUUCUGUUGCUGUCAGUUUUACGAAUCAUGAAAAUGCAGCUAAUUGUAUCAACCAUGAAAAUGGAGGCAAGGUGAAGAACAUGUAUAUUACCAAGAAGUCUUACAUCUACAGUACAGUUUUUGUAUUAGUGUUGUCUAUUAUAGCCAUGAACAUCAAUUGGCAAGACAUGUAUUCUAUCAUCAGACGUCAACAUCUCGACAUCCAAUAGCAACAGUGCAAAGUCCUAUAUUCUUUUAGUUAAUUUGUAUACAUUAUAUGUAGUUGUUGAUAGUAGGAACUUUUAGAGAUUAUCGGUUUGUUUGGAAACUGUUUAGAGUGUGGCAAUAUAAGGAAUUAUGGAGAUAUGAAGGAAGGUAGAUUUCAGAUA